AUGUCGUCUCCGUUAGAGUUCAAAAACAGCGUCACAACCCCCUCCCCGCUUUUCUCAGCGUACGACCCGACCCCCAACCCCGAAUCAACCGUCCAAGGUGAAAACUACCGGUUCACCGUCAUCUCUGAGGGAUGUAUCCGAUACGAGUACUCUCCGGACGGCAAGUUUGAAGACCGCGCGUCUACCUUUGCGGUACACCGAAAUCUUCCCAAGCCCAAGUACAAUGUCCUCAGGGACAAUGAGGGGGGAUUGGAGAUCAAGACGGAUAGGCUGCACUUGCAGUAUGAUGGCAAGGCGUUCACUGCGAGUGGAUUGUAUUGUGACUUAGUCGGCCAGGAGUGGAUGCAGACCUGGCGAUAUGGCUUUACUCCAGGAACGCUGGGCGGGACAUGUCGUACCCUGGAUGGUGUUGAUGGGCGGACCAAGCUCGAGGAGGGUAUCUUGUCCCCUAGCUCAAUCACGGUUCUUGACGAUUCAGGUUCGAUGAUCUUCUCCCCGGACGGAUGGGUUGAUACCCGCGUCAAGGGCCGGAUUGACGGCUAUCUCUUUGGCUACGGAGGAGACUUCCGGGAAGCCUUGCGCAUCUACUACGAGAUCAGCGGAAAGCCGCCAAUGCUGCCCAGAUGGGCGUUGGGAAAUUGGUGGUCGCGAUACUAUCCAUACUCGGGAGAAGGCUAUCUCGAAUUAAUGGACCGUUUCAAGGAGGAGAAGGUGCCACUUGCUGUUGCAGUGAUAGAUAUGGACUGGCACAAGGUCGACAUCCCGGAAGAAUACGGAACGCCCUGGACUGGCUAUACAUGGGAGAAGAAGCUCUUCCCAGAUCACGUCAAGUUCAUGCAGGAGCUCCACGAUCGCGACCUUAAAAUCACACUCAACACGCAUCCCGCCGACGGUGUCCGCGGCUUCGAGGACGCGUAUCCCGAGAUGUGCAAGGUGCUCAACAGGGACCCAUCUGACAAACAUCCCGUCAACUUUGACUGUACAUCCCGUGAAUUCUUAUCGGCGUACAUGACCACGCUGCAUCACCCGAUGGAGGACGAAGGCGCCGACUUUUGGUGGAUCGACUGGCAGCAGGGAACGCACUCGCGCAUACCCGGUAUCGAUCCGCUCUGGAUGCUCAAUCACUAUCACUUUAUCGACUCGACUAGGCGGAUGGGAAGGCCUAUGACCUUUUCUCGGUAUGCGGGACCAGGGAGCGGGCGCUAUCCUAUCGGUUUCUCAGGCGACGCGCUGGUCACCUGGGACACGCUCAACUUCCAGCCAGAAUUCACUGCUACAGCAGCGAACAUCGGAUUUGGCUGGUGGUCGCAUGAUAUCGGGGGACACUGGGCUGGAAUCAAGGAUGACGAGCUUGCAACUCGCUGGGUCCAGCUCGGCUGCUUCUCCCCCAUCCUCCGUCUCCACUCUUCCAACAACCCCUUCAACUGCCGCGAGCCAUGGCACCACGGCGCCGAGGCCGAGAAAGUCCAGUCCAACUUCCUCCGCCUCCGCCACCGCCUCGUCCCUUACACGUACACCGAGGCCAUCCGGUGCGCCACAGAAGGGCGAUCGCUCGUCGAGCCCAUCUACUACGACUACUCGCACCGGUCCGAGGCGUACAAGAACAAGAAUCAAUCGACGUUCGGUACUCAGCUCAUCAUCAACCCCAUUACUAGUCCGCGGGACAAGGGAACCAUGAUGGGUCGGGCGGACACCUGGUUGCCGCCAGGGCUUUGGGUGGAUCUGUUCACGUACGUGGUGUACGAUGGGGACAGGGUGACGGCGCUGCACCGGACGCUGGAGUCGUUGCCGGUGCUGGCCAAGCCAGGGGCGAUCAUCCCGCUCGAAUCGACCAAGGAAGUCGGGAAUGGGUGUCUGAUACCCGAAGAGAUGGAGGCAGUCGUGGUGGUGGGCGCGGACGGGGAGUAUGAGCUGCUCGAGGACGACGGGAGCGGUGCGCAGGUGGAGGAGGUCAAAUUUAGCACUACCAAAAUCACCCUCAACCAGUCCGCCGGUACGAUCACCAUCCACUCGUCGGCCAACCACAUCGUAAAGCAGCGGAAAUGGUCUAUCCGCCUUCCGGCCUACACCAACUCGUUCAACAUCACGGCCAAAGCGGGGUCAGACAUUGACAUCACCGCCAACAGAAAGCAAUACCACACCGUUAUCGAACUCCCUUCCCUCCCCACGUCCAGCGAUAUCAUCAUCUCCCUCCCGGCCAACCCGCAGCUGGACGAGACCAACGAUGUCCUCCCUCGGAUCCAGCGCCUGCUCAACAGUAUGCAGAUUGGGCACAACCCCAAGCUGGACAUCUGGAACGCUGUCAAGGCGGAGGGCAAGCCGCAUGUGCGACUCAGUCGUUUGGAGGCGCUGGGAGUGGACGCCCAGGUGGAGUCGGCCGUCAAAGAGAUUAUGUUUGCCCGUGGAUAG